AUGUCUACUCUUAACGAGACCGAAUCGACUGUGUCGAUUGAAAUUCCGCCAGGACAUAGUCAUCCUAGGAGACAAGGUACAGGAAGGUCCGUUGUCCACGGAACUGUACGCAAUGAGUUUUGGCGUAAAAGAAAUUUGCUCAGUUUGGAUGGUGGAGGCAUACGCGGAUAUUGGACCUUGCUUCUUCUGAAGCGCCUCAUGGAGUUCAUUCAUCGGGAAGAAGAGAGACAGGUAGAAGAAGAUCAGGAUGAUAUUCACAGCUUCUGGCCCGAAGCGUAUCCCAACAAUGUAUCACAGCUUCCCAGAAACCACGAUGGAGAUAGUACUCCUGAACACCUUCCAGCAGCUCGAGCGUUUCUACUCUGCCACUACUUCGAUUUCAUCUGUGGUUCCAGUACCGGCGGUCUUAUAGCGAUCAUGCUCGGCAGGUUUCGCAUGACUGUCGAUGACUGUCUUCAAGAAUAUAAGCAAAUGAGCCAUAGCAUCUUCGGAAGACCGAGAUGGAUCUCGCAGCGUAAUAUUGGUAUGCCGUGGCCAAAGUACAGCGCUCGUGGUAUGAAAAAGGCAUUCCAGGACGUAUCGCUUCGUCGAUGUGACAGCUCCACUACCGGAAGACACCACUCUACCACGCCGACAUUUCCAAUGACGGAAGGGGUUAGCCAAACAUUUGUUACCACUAUACGAAGAACUAAGAACUCUUCAGGCGUAUGGACGGAAGAAGUUUAUCUCAUUCGAUCUUACCACCACGAGAGAGGCACGCAACCAAACCCGGUCCCGACCCGCCGGCCCGUUAUGAUCCCACAUACUCAGGUGACCACCCUUCCGAAGAUCAACUACGGUCCAGCAGAGACGAUGGAAAUAUGGCAAGUGGCCCGAGCUGCCACUGCUGCACCGAUGUAUUUCAAAGAAAUCAGAUUCACUCAGCAAAGCGGAACCAACGGUCAGAAGUACUUCUUCUCGGACGGUGGAUUUGGAGAGACGAACAAUCCAACCGAUCUCGGACUUCUCGAGAUCGAAACGUUACCUGGCCGACACUCGGUUGGGGCGAUCGUCAGUGUUGGCACGUCGCGCGGAAAAGCUGAUCCCUCACGCAAGUCAGUACUCAACAUUAUGAAGAGGAUGGCUGGCAAGGCAACUAACCCCAAUAUCGUUGCAAGCGCAAUGAGCCAGAGGCAAUUGGAGAACUAUUGGCGCUUCAACGACGAAGAGGGCAUUGAUAUUGAGCUUGACGACUGGAAACCAUCUAGCUGGUUUACGCAUCCCGAUCGUCGCGGUGAAAUAAGCCUCAAGACGAUGGAAGAUGCUUUCCACAGAUGGGCAUGUAAACUCGAGAGCGCCCAAUGGCUCGAGAACUGUGCGAGAGAGCUUGUAACGACAAGGCGAGGCAGAUGUCAAGAGAAAUCUCGAUGGGAGCAGUUCGCGCUCGGAGCGCACACCUACCGCUGCAAACACGAAGACUGUUGCAAUGAACCGCCUUACAGUUCACGUCACCAAUUUGAACAGCACUGGCAGCAGGUGCACGAAAACGAAGAUAUUGGUGAGGUCUACCGGGAGCCUCAAUUCAAGAAGUGGAUUUAUCAGCAGCGGCCAGAGAUCAAGAAGUGA